UACAUGUUAGGUGCCAUUGCACUUAGGACUUAAGGGAAAAUUGUAUACCUUGUGUUUUGCCAUUAUGUCUUAUUUCUAGGUGCCAGGAGUGCUGUUAACCCCCGGGAACACUGAGCUAACGUCGCCCACACUCUAAACUCGUUGUUUAUCGCCUCGUUGUCAAGUAAGGACCAUCAAAAUUCCGGUCCCCAGCGAAUUUCGGCAGGCCCGUGCAGGGAGAGCCGAGGAUACCAUGAACACCAGGCCAAGAAAAACCCGAUCCACCUCCGCCAGGGGUGGGCGUGGCAAAGGUGCAGAGAGACAAGUACCAGCAGACGGUGUAUACACUAAUCACCGCUUCAUGCAAUCUGUCGGAGCCCUGGUUGGCCUUCCAGUUAGAAUUCAAACAAAGACGAAUGAUGUAAUUGAAGGCGUCUUCACGACCUUUAGUUCCAACUUUGAUUUGGUGUUAGAUAUGGCUCACCCAGUGCCACGGGGGGAGACUGCAAUUAUCAACCCAGAGACUAUUAAGCGGAAGAUAAUCUUCACGGCAGCUGAUAUCGUUACUAUUAAGGUCGCCAAUGUUGAUCUAGAAUACGCAACAAGAGAAGGGUUCGCCGUAGAUCAAGUUAUCAGUCGUUAUAACGGGCAAGUAGUAGAGAAAGCAUUAGAACCCUGGCAAGGAGAUCCUGCAUCGGAAGAUAGUUUAGUACUAGGAGAAGAAAGUUCAAAUGGCUGGGACGUAGAUGAUAUGUUUCGUAAGAAUGAAGAAAAAUACGGAGUAACCACUUCAUACACUCCAGAGAUGGAGGGCUACACAACCCCUCUUAACAAACGUAAUACGGCAGAAUAUAGAGAACGGGAGGAAAAAGCUUCGAGAAUCGCAGCAGAAAUUUUGAAAUCUCCUUCGUCUAAUGCGCAAUCUGAGUUAGAAAAUGGAGACGAAGAAGACAAAUACUCAGCAGUGCUGAGACCUGGGGAGCAAGCAGCAGGAGGAAUGGCAGGAGGCAAAUAUAUACCACCCAUGCUGAGAAAUAAAACCAAGAAUGGCGGCAAGUUACAGCGCUCAACACCGCCACCCAUGGGGCCAAGAUACAAUAGUCAUGGAGGAUCUAACCCAGCAGCCUCCACCUCUCCCUCAUACCCAGCUCCUCCACAAGCUAGUUCAGCGAGCCACAGUCCUGUUGGAGGCCUUGCUGGAGCCUCUCCGACGUAUCCUCCCCAACAACAACCGUCACUUCCGUCACCCCACACCCCCUCCCCGGCUUCCCAUCCUCCCCUACAUCGCAACAACUCCCAGGGUGCCCACCACACUCAUAAUCCAGAUACCAAAGUUAAUGGUGAUGCCAAAGGGUCCUAUGAUCGUAGAAGUCACGAGGGUUCCAUGAAUGAGUCGAGCAGAGAAGGUCGUCACAAUAGUAAUAACAAUAAGCUAGACAUGCACAACCGACAACACCACGGGCCUCCUCACGGUGAUGGCCCACAUCCUACUCAAACACAACAAAAGCCUAUGCAGCAAAAGCCUCCACCACAGCAGCAGCAUCAGCAGGGCCAGCACAUGGGUCACAUGCCGCCAAUAGGUCAAGGGGAUCACCGCAAGGCUGAGCCACGGGAGCAACGGGAACCUCGUAAACAGCACCGUAUGAAGGAAGAACACUUUGCUGAUUUGAGAAAAUUUGGCGAGGACUUUAAGUUGUCUGAUCAGGCAGAGAAGAAACCACAGGUACAUCAUCAACAGGCUCCACAACAACAGCAGCAGCAGCAACCACCACAGCAACAGCAGCAGCAGCAACAGCCAUCCCAGCAACAAGCACAGCAGCAGCAACCACCACCACAGCAACCACCACAGCCACAGCAGUCACCACAACAACAGUCACAGACCCCACAGCAACAACCACAUCCUCAGUCACAACCCCAGCAGCAGCAACAGCAGCAGACACACCAGCAACAGGCGCAACAUCAGCAACAACCACCUCACCAGCCGCCACACCAGCAACAGCCACCACAUCAGCAACAGCCUCCACACCAACAGCAGCCAUCGCAUCAGCAACAGCCAUCACAUCAGCAGCAGCAGUCACAUCAGCAGCAGCCCCCGCAUCAGCAGCAGCCGCCACAUCAGCAGCAGCCGCCACAUCAGCAACAGCCACCACAUCAGCAGCAGCCACCGCAUCAGCAGCAGCCGCCGCAUCAGCAGCAGCCUCCACAUCAGCAACAGCCCCCUCACCAGCAACACCAGCAGCAGCAACACCAGCAACAACAGCACCAGCAACAGCAACACCAGCAGCAGCUGCCACACCAACAGCAGCAACAGCACCAGCAGCAGCAACAGCACCAGCAGCAGCCACCACACCAGCAACAGCUGCCUCACCAACACCAACCACCCCAACACCAGCAGGCACACCAGCAACAGCAGCAACCACCCCCACCCCCACCACAGCAACAGCAGCCACCACCACCACAGCAACAGCAGCCAUCACCAAUACCUCAACAGCAUCUUCCUCCUCAGCACAUGCCUCCACAGCAGCACCCACAGCAGAGGCAGACACCACCAGUGUCAACAACAGUGCCUCCAGGACCUCCUCAGUCGGCACCACAAACCUCACACCACCCACAAAACCCACCCACCAUGACGAUGAGCCCAGCCACGGAAAUUAGCAAACCUCUCGAAGAAAUUGAUAAAAUAACCUCUGCAAUUUCUCACUCUAAACUUAACCCUAAUGCUAAGGAAUUUGUAUUUAAUCCUAAUGCAAAGCCUUUUAGUCCUCGUUCGCCAAGCACAACCACACCCCCUCGCCCGCAUACACCCCAGACGCCACAAAUCCCGCCAAAUCAGCCACCGCAAAUGCCUGGUGGCCCCCCUGUAGGAAUGCAUCAAGCUAUGGUAUUGACUACACAUACACAGUCGUUUGCAGUACAGCAGCCACCGCGAUUCCCCAAGAGAGCAGUUCCUGUGGGUAAUAGCCAGCGUCCUGAGUAUGCAUCACAAAUGCAAGUGGCAGCUGCAACAGGUCAGCCCAUACUGGCUCCAGCUCCUAUGAAUACCCAGCCACAGGCCCUCACUGCUGUACCAAUACCACAGAAUAUAUUGCCUCAAACACCUCAGCAUUACCAGCAAUACCCCAGUGUGCCCAUGAUGUUACGAUUUCCACAUGGCAUGCCAAUGGUGACUGCUAUGGUUCCGACAUCUAUGGGUUUAUGUCAUCAGAAUCCAGAUUCACAGCAGCAGUCACAGCAACACGGUCAUCAAACGAUGUAUAUGGCUCAGGCUAACUUACCGCCCCAUCAGCCACACCCAGCGCAUACGCCUGGCCCAGUUCCUCAGCCCACCCAGCCACCCACCCCACAGAAUCCAGGUGGUGGAAGUGGACCUCCAAAUAUGCCCAAUCCACCAUCAACUCCAGGACCCACUCCUCCACAGCCCCUCAUAUAUUCCCAUAUGGGAGGACAGCCAUCCUUGCCUCAGCACUUGCCUCAACAUUCUCCUCACACAGCUCAGUCACCUCAUGCCCCACAAUAUCCGGGGCCUGGUCAAGGUGCAGGAUCGGCUGCAGGUGGCCAUCAUGGAGGACCGGGCCAGCAGAUGGCCACUCAAUUUGUGGUACUUCCUCCACAUAUGAUGCACCACUCAGGUCCACCUCCACAUUCAGCCACAGCACACAUUCCCUCCUCCAUGGCGGGCUACACUCCUACGUCGUCAGCCACUGUGCAGCACAUACCGUCUGGUCCUCAUAUUCAAUACUUCCAAAGUAAGCACCACGCACGGUUCACACACUGAGGUGCUGCAUUGUUUAGAUAAAAAAAGGUUUAUCAACAAUAAUGAGGUGGUUCCUCAGUGAAUAUUGCUUUCUAUUUGUAAAAAAAAAUAGUAUGAUUGCUACUGAUCUGUAUAAAUUCCUAAAAUUUAUUGUAGGAUUUCUGUGAAUUUGGGUCGCAUAUCUGAACCUUGGCAUAUUUGGCAUUGUGAAGCGAGAUGAUGCACAUGAGCUGAAAACGGUGUUUGUGCCCACAGGUACACCCGGCAGCCAUGGCUACCACAUGCCCCUCAUCCAUCACAGCCAAUGAAGCCUGGGCUUAGUAGGAGCAAAUCCACACUUAUUCCCCAGCCUUCAGUCGUGUCUGCCCAAGUGUCUGGUCUCCAUACAGGGUGGGACAAUACGUGCAGGGAUAUUGGGGUGUUUGUUGCCGUUGUCGUGUUGAGAGAUGUAUUUAGUGUAGCUCAGUUAAUAUAUUGAUCUUGUUUGUAGUUGGUAUGUCAGUGGUGUAUGGAGCAUUUGAAACUGGAGCAAUUUUGAUAAAUAUAUAUAUACAUGUAUAUAUAAUAUAUAUAUAUAUAAUAUAUAUAUGUAUACAAUAUAAAUGAAAAUAUAAGGGGGAACUUAUGCAAGGGGUUAUAUUACGGGUAUACUCCCUUAGUUUUUCUCAAACCAAUGCAUUCUAUAGUAUUGCAAGAGUUUUAAUCUUUAGUGUGAUUAGUGGGUCACUGCAGUAACUAUAAGCUCCAUUAAUGAAAUUACACAACUGAGGUACUGUUAGGCAUGGUAAUUGAUAUUUAUUGUAGAGAGAGAGAGAGAGAGAGACAGGAGGAAGCUUUACUAUGAGACCUAGAUUUCUCUGAAUGGUCUUGUAAAGACUGUGGUGUAGAAGUUUAUAUAGGAUCUUUUGGCAGGGUAACAUACAAAUGGCGUUGACAUUGGUGCCAAGUGUCAGGUAGGGCGGCUGGAGACCUGGGCGGUGUGAAAACUAAAUAUCUCUGUAAACCCUGGUGGUUUCGUUAGUAAAUUUUUAUAACCUUGUAUGUAUGCAUUGCAUUCAUUUGAGAGGCAAUAUUCUAUGAGAGACAAAAAUCGUUGCGGGGCCUGUCAGACAGCUAGCCUAACAGAAAACUUAUUGAAAUGUGAUUUGCCUUAUGUCUUAUAGUAAGCCUCAUUAAAAACAAUAUAGGAUGUGACUUGUUGAGCCAUACUGCAGCUUAAUACAGAAGGCUCCUUGCCACAUAUGGUUUGUACAGACCUGCUAAACAUUUCAAGGCAUAUAUAUAUAUAUAUAAAUCCCCUCCCUGUUCUGUUACCAGUACAUGUACAUUUGCAUGAACUCAUACACACUUGUAGGUGAGUAUAUGCGUGCAUGUGCACACGCACACACACAGGCACACAUGCACACGCACGCACUUGCAUGCAUGUAUGCAUGCAUGCACACAUACAUACGCAAAUAGGUAAUUAAACACACAGAUUUACUCUAACAUUUACUCCUCUUCUAAUCCCAAAAAACAGAAAGCGAUACACUAUCUGAACUGGGGGUGAAGUGUGACAACUAGAAACAUCUUAAUCUCUUUAAAUGAAAGUUUGUGUAUUCUGAUGUGGGGUUUUAGCUUGGAGUGGAAGUUACACUUCUAUACAACUAAAAACUGCUAAUAACCUCGUAGGCCUUGUUCAUCAAAGGUUAAGAUCCCUUAUUGUUAAAUGGUGACUCUGCUGCAAUUUUCUGUAACAGGUCGAAAACUUGAAGAUUUUUUAGAAACUUUCUCUAAAGCCUUUGAGCUAACAUCCCUUCUUGUAUUUCUUGACAUGCUGUCCUUUAUUUUUUUUUUCUUGUGGAAACUGGGGAAAACUUUUGUAAAGUAAAUAACCAACAAGUGUAGGCCUCUGAGCUCUAUUAGGCUCAAGUUUUGAAGUCAUACGUACGUAAAGCUUUCAUUGCAUAAAAAUGACCUGGGUUUAUUUUCUAAACAAAACAAAGAGGACCUUCACUAGUCUCUCAGUUGCAACCAUCAUGUGUAUAUUUCUUUUGUAUUAAGUGCAUAGGUGAAAAAUAAAUUCUAUUGUUACAAUUUGUUGAUGCAUUACAUGAAAACAUUUUUUGUAUAAAGCUAUUCCACCUCAUCGUCAUCCAUGAAUAUCUAAAGUUUCAGCAUUACAUACAUGAGAACUAAAUGCUGUUGCCUUCUUCGGCUAAAAAUAAAUGUAGAAAACAUGAGGUGAGUGUUAAAAUAUGAAGCUGCGGCGUCUUGAAAUCUUUUCCUAGCUGAGGAUGAAGAUUACCUGUGGAAACCAUAUAGAAUAGUGUGGCUAUAUUUGGCAAAAAUGCUGAAAAAGUGUUUGGAAAGUGCAGGGAACAUUUGAGUCUUUUUACGACAGCUAUGCUAGUGAUGCAAAGGGUUAAUAUGCAAACGUGAGUGUUAACUUGUUUACGAUUUUUAUAUUUUCUUAUACAAGGAUUGGUUUUGUUACAUAUGUUUCAGGAUCGAUCACUUAGCAAAACUUUUAGAUCAAAAUAUAUUAAUGUAACAAUUUUUUAUUUCUCAUGUUAAUGAAAAAAGUACGGUUGAUAGAAAUGCAUUUGGCCCAAUGUAUAAAUCCCUUGCAAUACAAUUUGUGCUUGAGGGAGAGAGAAUAUUAAGAGUUAUUUAUGUGUGCAGUGUGAAUGUUCAGUGCUUUGUACUGCAGCAUGUAUGAAAGACAAUGUAUGAGACUAGUUCACUGUUCCCCUGUUAUAAGAAGCAUUCUCUUCAAAAAUCAUUCUUGCUAUCACUUUGUAACCCUAAUUUAUCCAUGGUGAGGUGAAUUACCAACACAUUUGGCUGGGAUCGUCAAGGGCCUUGGACCUUAGGUCGCUCUAAGGAUGAAUGUCGCAUGGUUUUUUUUGUAAAUCAGCCAUAGAGCGAUUAAAAGGUUUUGAGAUUUCUUGCUUGAUCCACUCCAUUACGAGUUGACAGGGUGUUUUAAUUCUAAUUCUUAUAUUGGCUCAACCUUUUAGAUAUUUAAUGUUCCCAUGUGCUAGUUCCAGUAUACUGUAUAAUGAAUUAUUCAGUCAGUUAGAGCUGUAAAAUAAUUUGACAGAUUGCAGUAAAUAGUCAUGCAGGGAAUAUGGAAGUCGAAUAGCUUUUAGACUACUUUGAAACUGUACACACCAGUCUUAACGUUCGGUGAUUUACCUCAGCAUUGUAUUUUCUAAACUUGUCCUCUAGUUUCAUUCUAGACAAUUGUUAUACCUGUCCCAUUUUUGUUGUAAAAACCUAUACAGAUUAUCAAGGGUAUUCCUACACAACAGGCUUAAAGCAUUUUUUUUUUUUUUCCAUUAUGUUGUUCAUAAUGUUUGUUACUUUACCCUGGAAGAUAGGAUACAUGACUAUCCUCCUUCAUGCCCAGACUUUAUUACUUUGCCUUCCUACCACAUCUUGCCCAUUCCCAACUGCAUUUACAAAAAUGUUGCUUGUGACAGGUUAACUAUCUUCUUGGUCUACCCAACUCUUUAUUUAAUUAGCUCUCUUGAAUUUUCUCUCCACUGUUGAAUAAAAUAAGAAAGAUACUGCUUUGUCUUAAGAUUGAGGCAGUGUGGUGUAGUGAAUGAUACCAAGAGUUAUUUAUUGACUGAAUUAUUGGUAGCUUACUGAAUAGGCCUCUCUGAUCUUUCUAGCAGGGGAAUAAUGAUGCAGGAUCAUCUUGUACAAACUUGUUUAAAAAGAUAAAUUUAGUCUCUUGAAAAUAUAAAAAUCACUAAAAUAAUUAUAUAAAAUUUAUAUAUAAUAUAUAUAUAUAUAUAUAUAUAUAUAUAUAUAUCUCGUUCCUAAUAAGCUGAACUGGUCAAUUAGGCCUAACCCCCUUAAAUAUUAAACUUUUCAAAUUUUCUUCCCCCUGAAUCAUAAAUAUAUUUUUCAUUGCAAGUGAUAUAAAAAAAAAAAAUUGAGCCAAACGUAACUUUGACACCUUGCCUAACCUAAUGUAAAUUUAUUUAGCAAAAUUCUACUAAAUAUGUCAUAGGUCAGAUGACAUACAUUUAAUAUUACUUAGUCAAUGAUAUAUAUAUAUACGUAUUAUGUUCCGAUUGAUUUUUGGAGAAUGGCAUAAUUUGUUUUUGUCUGCUCGUUUGGCAGAAAACACUGGUUUGGUUUAUUCGGCACACUCAGUUUUAUAUAUGUAUAUAUAUUAUGCAAUAAAAUCACAGUAAACCGGUGAUAUCAAUUUUCAAAACGACCAUUGUGAAAGAAAAGCAAAAUUUCAAGUACUUUCGUGACUUCUUGCAUUAUCAAUGUGAGAAGUCAUGAAAGCGCUUGGUAUUUUUCUUUUUUUCCACAGUGGUUGUUUUGCAUAUAUGUAUAUGUAUUGUCAUGCCGAAUAGAUAAAACUUGCGAUUUUGGCUUAAAUAGCAACACUCUUCUUGCUGGACAAGGCAAGUGAAAAUUUGUGUAUGCAAUAAUUUCUCAAAAAUCAUUCUGAACCUAAAAAAAAUAUAUUUCAUUGUUUGUUUUUUAUUAAAUUAUUGUUAACUUAACUUAUCUAAAAUAUAGUUGGAUUAGGCUAAAUUGCAAUUGUCUUAAUAAGGUCAAAGUGGUUGUGGUUUAGCACUUUUUGAUUAUAAUAAUAAUAAUGUCAAGUAAGUUUUCUAAGGUUCUUUUGGCACAAAAUUAUUAAUUUUUACGUUAACAUAAAUGAAAAAAAUAUAUCUUUAAAUGUAUAAGAAAAUCUUAGAAAGGACUUGAUUUUAAACAAGUUCUUUGUAAUUGACCAGUUUUUAUCUAUUUGGCACGACAUAUAUAUAAUAAAUAUAUAUAUAUAUAUAUAUAUAUAUAUAUAUAUAUAUAUAUAUAUAAAAUAAAAGCCUUUGAAUAACAAAUAUGGUAAAUUGGUAAAAUAGUGAUUUUUAAAGAAAAUAUAAGGGUUCAUCGAAUGCCACUCUUCAUGAAAUUGAAAACAGAAUGUUGGCAGUGACAGUAAAAAGAUUUGAUGCCCAGUACUGAAAAUUUUUAAAUUGAAAAUAAAACGUUAAACUCCCCAUGUAUAGCAGCUGGAAACUCUCAGCUAAAAUGCUAAAAAUAAAGAUGAAAGAUGA